CCAAAAAAAAAAAACUAACCCAAAAACCCAAAACCAAAACGUGCCACUGUUCUUUAAACUGCUAGAUAUCUGCAACUGUAGAACGGUAUUCAUAUUCGGCUUCUCUAUGCACAAUGGCUAGUAGUAACAAUGAAACUAUUAACCUCGACAGUCUGAGUGCCCAGCAACUCAGCCAGGUCAAAAAGCAGCUAGACGAGGAACUCGAACACCUAACGUCCUCUUUCGCCCAGCUACACGCCGCACAAGCUAAGUUUCGAGACUGUCUGCGUUGUGUUCAAGACAAGAACAAGUCGCCUGCUCUUCGGGAGAACAACGCGAUCCUUGUCCCCCUUACCAACUCGCUCUACGUACGUGGGUCGCUGUCAAGCGCGUCCCAUGUCGUAGUUGAUAUAGGCACUGGUUUCUAUGUCGAAAAGGAGGUUAAAUCGGCAGCGGGCUUCUACGAAAAUAAGGUGGGAGAGGUUGGUGCGAGCAUCAAGGAUCUAGAAGCGAUCGUGCAAGCAAAAACAAACAACGUCCGUGUUGUUGAGGAAGUAUUGAGGCAGAAGAUGGUCAGCGGAGCCCAACAAACACCGCCACCGUAGAAGCGGAGGAGUAGUGAGUUCAAA